UACACGCUGCGGGAUGUAUGUGACAAUUACCUUCACCAGUAUUAAUUUGUGGAUGAACUGCUGGAAGCAGUCAUAAGAGUAGCUAAUGUUUCAAAAAGAGCACAGUGAAAUAGCCAAGGCUACUGACAAGCAAACUGGAUCACCUGUGUUCAUGUGUGGAUUAAACUGGGCGAGUCUGGUCUAAGUUUCUGGGCUAGUGUUUUAUUGCUUGUCACCAGCAAAACUGGCCUUCUAACUGUAGGUUAACCUAGAGAUGAUCUCAACUACAUUGGAACAGUGUUUUUUCCCCAUCGUUUUGGCACAGCCAACAUGCAAAGGUCUGACCCUCAGGUCUCCAUCAGGCAAGUAACGUUAGUAAACCACACACACGUUUGUACACUUGUUGCAGCAAUCUGCCUCUGUGCCAUCUGGGAAUCCCUCCGCUCCUUCAUCGAAGAGUCAUAGAGAUGCACAGAUACAGAUGGAACUGCGGCUUUCGUCUCCUGCUCGUUCAUUUUGUUUAUAUGACACGGGCGACAGGUUACACAAAUUGGGAGGUGCGCGACCAGAUGAAAUGACAGCAAAGCGCACCGAGCGUCAGCGGAAAUUGCGUUUUUAGGCGCGCGCCACCGUGCGCAAGGACUGGGUGUGGACAGAACUUUAGUGUGUGUGAGAGAGAGAACAGAGGAAGGAGUGCCUGAGGAAUGUGUAACUGCCGUCCCCAUCCUUGAUCACGGUGGCGUUUUCAAAAACACGAAACCUAAAUAAAACUAGAAUUGAACAAUGCCACACGAACUAAAAUAAAUUGCAGGUGAAAUCAGUUUCGUGUAUUGUUUCCACCCUCGAUUUGCACUGUUGUUGAUAUACCGCUUGUUCUGUUCUGUUUGACAUCUUUAUGGCCACUGGCCUAAUCAAAAGGACCUAAAAUGAAUGAAAUAAAUCAUAUAUGAUGUCAUGCAUGCUUUCAUCCUACCCUUUUCACUUUUCACAACUAGUCACUUCCUAAAAAUAAAACUAUGCACUCAUCAAACUAACUAAAACUAAACUGAAAUAAAAAAAAAACAAGCUGAAAGACUAAAACAAAUAACAUUUUCAAAACUAUAAUAACUCUGCUCGCUCUGCACAGGACAGUAUUCACGUGAAUGAGUUUGAUUAAUAUAAAGUGAGACCUGAAGCUUUAAACAAGGUGGUUUCUUUUGACUAAUCUGUCACCCUCCCCAUAAAAUCACUGGAUAAACAUAAAACAACUGUAAGUGAAACAAAUAGUUCUGUAAUAGUUCACUAAGACCCUUAAUGUACAUAUACAUACAUAAUACACAGGAAUAUUCUUGGAAUCAUAAGCAAAACUGGAUGAUUCAAAAGAAAAUUGUCUGAUCAAUUCAAUAUUUAAAAAGUUUAGAUUCUUUCACAUUGAUGAUAUAUUCUAUGUGAAUAUACUGUUAAUAUGAAUGUAAUAUGAAAACGGAAACCUGUCUCAAAGCAUAACAGGACCAACAUAAGAGUACAAUCACCCUCAAGGUUUUACAAAAGGAUGGGCCAACCAAAGCUGUGAAUUAUAUUAGGGAAUGUCUGCCACCUAGUGGCGACAAUGAAGCAGUCAUUUAAAAAAAAAAAAACACACAUUCAUUUGUUCCUCUUCAGGGAGACAUUUAGUGCCCACUCAUCCAGAGUUUUUUUCUUUAAACAAACUUAAGGUACAGGUAAAUUAUGCAGCAAAUCAUUGAUCACCCCGGGAGAAAGGCGUGUAUCCGGAGAUAUUUUGAUUACAUAUCUGGAAUAUGAUACAUAUUGUUAAGACGCUGAGGUAUCCUCAGUCAAGACGUGUUUUGUCAUACAUCCAUAGUGGAUAUGCACAAACCACAGGUCACUAAUAUCAAACUAUAUAUCAUGUCACGAACACAUGACAGUUAGAAAAGUUCCAGCUGGACUCGGACCUGCUUCACGCGCAGGGAAUGAGAAAAAAAAUUGAGUGCUUGAUGAGUAUUAACAGAGAACGUUUUGAUGAUAACGUUACACCCUGUAGAUGUUUUAACCUAAAACCAUACAUUUACGUUAUGUUAAAAAAUGUCAAAGCACUUGUACCUUUAUAGGUCCGUUCCUGUAGGCUACUUUGAUUUGUUAGUGUGUGUAUGUGCUUUCACGUCUAUGCUCACUUAAUUGUUAUAUGUAUUUAGAGCACUAAACUAGAACUCCAUCGAAUUUGCCCAUUGCUUGAAUCAGAUCAACCAUUUGUUACUUUUUCCUGCAAUUUACGUUGACAACAGGUGUUCGUAUUUUCCCGGAUCCUAUUGACUCUAGGCUGGGUCAAUGGCAUGAUGAUAGAAUACUGGCAACAAUGGCCCAGAAAUGACACUGCACAUCGCCACGCCAUCGGCUACACAGGUUCAGCAUAUUGCACGCUAGGUGCUAACGAUCUUUCAGUUCUGCCUUCUGAAUAGCUGCAUCAUUUCCUCCUUCGUUCUUCAUGUAGCUGCAGCACUGAGUGUCAAAAGCGCGGGCACGAAAGUUUGCGUUGGCGGCGAACAAUGCUCUAAAAAUGGGGAUCCUCGGGAGCAUACAUUUAGAAAUAAAGGGCAAAGUCAGGGAUGCCUCGUUGCAAACUGAACAUCGGAUACCUGAGCGGUGAAUACUGUCCUACCUCGAUUUGAAUUUCAAAGAAACCGGCAACUGUGAAGUUCGCUCUUGUCUGGAUCCCAUGGAGACCCCGUUCCCAACUGUCAGGCGACACGCCUGGGUCCGCCGCAGCUGGCUCACCCUGGAGGAGACAGAACAUCAGGCUCCAUACCCAGCGACCACGGACCUGCACCUGUCCACUCAGGAGGACGAUGUCUUUCUGGGAGGAUGUACUACAGGAAAGAUUGAGACCUGGCUUCAAGGCUGUGGGCCAGACACUGGACAAGAGGAGACAAGAGUUGAUCCUGGUCACCUGACUUUUGAGUCUUUACUGAAAACGUGUAACAGUUUUGAAGAUGACCUGAGUCUAGGAGCCGAGGCUACCGGGUUACAUGAUCUUCGCAGACCAUCACUGGGACGCAGUCCUGUGCUCCUGCCCCCACCAAAAUCAUGUCGGAAAACAUUUACCACAAGCACGCCUCAACAGAAGCUUACCCUUCCCCUCUUCAAUAUGGGUCAGAGCAUGGCCUCCAGCUGCCUGUCCUCCGCUACCAGUAAGACCGCUUCGAGUAUCUCUGAGGUUCUGCAGAUGUGCUCAGAGGAUGCGGAGGAAACCCUGUACCAUCUGGGCUUUGGUUGCGAUGAGCCACAGGUCACGGCACGAAUUCCUUCCCGUUUCUUCAACUUCCCCUCUCAACUGCAUGGCAUCAAUUUCCGCCUCUUCCUGGAGUCGCAGCUCCGCCGUGUCAGUCAGGAGGACCCUAACCUGUCACUUGCUAGUCGCUUCAGGCAAGUGGAGGUGUUGACAACGAUGGCCAAUGCCUUUUACUCGCUCUAUUCCCACGUUUCCAGGACGCCCCUCCAGAAACUCGCCCCACCUGAGUUCAGCUUUUCGCCUGCGGCUGAGAAGAGGAUUGGGGUGCGCUUCUUUAGCAGCGUCCGCAGCGAGCCUCGCUCCCCCGUGGAGAGGCUCAAGGACACUGUUUCGAAAAUGUGCCUGUACACUGGCACACGUGCCUCAGAGUCCACAUCACCCCACAACUCACCUAGGAAGCGGAACAGUAUCCCCGAAAUAGCAACCCAGUUAGUAAACACAGACACAAAGACUUUAGAACACUCAGGCCUUGAGGAGGACAAGAAUGUGGGACUUGUUGAUACCAAUAUGGGAUGCGCCACUUACGUAGACCUAGAGACAGAAAUAGAAACAGGCGAGAGCCCUGAGGGGGGGUCGUAUGAAGAUAUGACUCCUCAGGCAGGUCUUGACAGCACGGAGCACUCAAGCACAUUGUUCUCAGAAUUGAGGGAAGCCUCUCAAGCCCCAGUUAGCAACUGCAGGGUCAGGCUAUCAUUUUCUGAUCCUUGCCAAACUCAGAGUGCUGUUGAUGACACAAACAUUCCAGAAGAUUCCGGUGAGAAGGUGAACACGGUCACUCACAAUUCCGAAAGGCCAGUAACCCCCAAACCUCAGUCACAUACGUUGCAGACUCCCAUGGUACCUGUUCACAAGGUGACCCGUGACAUUAUCUGCCCUCCGAUUGUGGAGCAGGUGCACAAGGCACCUUACUGCAGUGCACAGGAUUUCAGAACUUCAGUGCCUCAUUACUUUGGAAGACAGCCAGUUUCAGACAUCUCCACCCGCUCGCCUUCAGAAGCCAAUCUAAACUCACAAGGUGAUCCCGUGACUAUCCCUAAAAUCUGUUCUGAGCAUUAUUCAGGGGAUGGUGAGUCGCCCUCACCAUCACCUCAUCCCAGCAUGUGCAGACUUGUGUCCCCGUGUCAGAUACUGGUGACAGGCUGGGAUGGCGAUUCUACCCACGGCGACGCAGCGGAAGAUGUUCCUCCCUCUUCGCACUCUGGCUCCACCCAGCCUCAGGCACGGCUCCCAGAUGGAGUCUGGAGGAACCGGAGGUACCUGAGGCCCACGAAGGGUGCCGACCAGGCUCAACUCAGCCUUAAACCCAAGCAAGCAAAUUCUUUUGAACUAGAAGAGGUUCACAGUGCCGGGGAAGAUGAUGUUGGACAGUCAGAGUCCAGGACACUUGCCUCCUUAUGCCUGUCUGCCGUUGGUCUGAACAAAAGUUUACCUCCACGAGGGGACAGCUUCCAGUCGGACAGCAGUGGCUACGCUGAGGAGGACUCGCAUCUUCUGGCUUAAUAACUAUUAAUUGGUACAUAAUAUAUAUAUAUAUAUUUUUUGUAAUGUAUUUUUUUUUAAUGUUUUGUAGGUCGUUUUCGACAAAAGCGCCUGCAAAAUACUGUAACCAUAACCAUCUCUUACCUUAGGGCAGUUGUUAUAGUAAGGAUAUUUGGCAAUGAAUGCCCCUAUUCCAGAAAAAAAAUUGGUGUAGCCUUUAGAAUGAAAUGCAUGGUGGUUGCUAUGUGUUCUCAUCCAUUGCUUUUGUAUUAUAUUAUUUUUGUAUUAUUAUGUGUUGCUGAUUGUAUUCUAUGUGUUAUGCACAAUGUUCUUUAUGCACAUGUAUUACUGUAUGCUAUGGGGAAAUACACCUAUGGGACUCUUAAUUUGACCCCUGCUGAAGCUAUAAGAACUCCUGUUGUUUGCUACCUUAUCAGAAAGUUUUGAGCCUGCCACAGGUACUGAUGCUCUGCUGGUGCUGUGAGAUGAAGUAAGCUAAUAAAUAACUCUUAAUAUA